GGCGCCAGUUCCGCGCAAGGAUAUGGAGGUGUUUUAGCCACGGCUUUCAGGUCUAACGGUAUGCGACACACUAGCGCCUCCCUCCCGGAGCAGAGCAACCGAACAAGUUCCAUAAUGUCCAACCAAUCAGCUGGCAGUUCCCUCACUGAGUACUUCUCUGAUGAAGAUUAUGAUGAAGAUGACGAGGAUAUAGAUGAAAAGGAACUCCACAAAAUUCUUAAUUCAAUGGAAGAGAAAGUUGGUCGGACUUCUCUCUCUUUCUACCAGAGCUUGCGUAGGAGUGACGGAGACGGUGAUGCUGGGGGCAGCAUCAAGCAUGCCAAUAGAAAGAGAAGUAAUCAAAUUGCAAGAGAACUGAGUGACAUGGUCACUUAUGUACAGGCGAUAAAGUUCCGCGGUCUAAACCCGUUGUCGCCGCGUAGUUCAGUGAAGCACGCGGGAGGUGCGGGGAGCGCGGGCCGGCACGUAACCGAUACCAGCGCCCCUGCCAGCAGCUUUGAGUCUUCGGAGAGCAGCGACAGUACUGCUACGCAAGUAGCUCAGUCCCAAUCAGCGACACCGCGCGCUCGUUGUCUCAACGCUCCUGCGGUGCACCAUCCUUGCUACCGUUGUUCAUCCAUCAACGAGGCUAUGGGCAGGAAGAUCUGUAGAAAACAUCCGUUGGCAUUGAUAGCACAUACUGAGACGCAGCUCGUCAGGACUUAUCCCGCCGGCCUAAGAAUAGACUCAUCGAACUUCGACCCGGUGACAUUCUGGUCGUGUGGCGUGCAGCUAGUGGCACUCAACUAUCAGACCGAGGAUGCGGCAAUGGCUGUCAACGCGGCCAUGUUCGAAGGACACGGCUGCGCGGGAUAUGUACGCAAGCCUCACGUUAUGUGGGACCCUGGACACAUCGCGUAUAGGAGAUUCAAUCCGAUGGAUAAAGAGUUCGACGGUAUCCACGCAGCCCAUCUCACUCUAGCGGUAAUCUCCGGCCAAUAUGUAGCUGAGAAUGUAUAUUCUUUCUACAACGCGUUCGUUGAAGUCGAAAUAUUAGGUGUGCCAGCGGACUGCAAGAAGAUCAGAACUAAAGUGGCGAGAAGAAACGCUCUUAAUCCAGUCUGGAAUGAGACGUUUAAUUUCAAGAUAAACUUUCCAGAGCUGGCAUUCGUUAGAUUUGAAAUCUAUGACGCGGACACCAACUACAUGUUGUCACAACGAGUCAUUCCCCUGCACUGCCUUCGUCCAGGGUACAGACAUGUCAGGUUACGUUCACCAACCAACCAGCCAUUAAACAUGGCGUCACUGCUGAUCUUUUCGCGCUGCAGCGAGGAGUCUGCGGGCGAGAGCUGGAGGGGAGACGCCGAGCCUGGUUCGCCACGUCAGCGUAGACGGAUACACUUCCUAGUCGUGUACGCGGUGGCACGACAUGAGCCUUAUUCAAUACUGAAAGUGACACAGGAUACUACGGCUAAUGAGGCAAUAGCGCAAUGCUUAUCAAAAGGCGGUGUAUGCCGAUCAGCAAGAGGCAGUUAUGUGUUGGUCGAAGAAGUUGCAUCUCGAGCGCCGACGCAGCGUGUUCUGGGUCCGCACGAGCGCGUGCUGAGAGCAGCCACAGCGCGGCCAGCAGCUCGGCUGUUAUUGAAGAGAGUAGGUGAUGACCCCAGCAGUAGAGCAUGGCUGACUAGUAUACGUAGAUCAGCGUCAACUGACAGGCCGCAGGAGCGCUCGGUGCCUUCAGACGAGGAGUCCAGCGCACAUGAAGAGGAACCUCGUCGCCCUGACAGCUUCCUUGUCUGUGUGCACAACGUCUCCCAUGAGAUACCGUAUGCCAUACUUAAGGUACCUCUCAGUGCUACUGCUUCAUACGUGGUUUACCAAGCACUGACUAAAGCAAGAUGUCACGACGAUCCUAAAAGGUUCGUGCUGGUGGAGGAGUUAGAAUGGGGUGGUCGAGCUGGUGCUGGUCCACAACAGCGCCCCCUAGCUGAUGAUGAGGUGGUCUACGCCGCUCAGGCGUGCUGGAAGACGUUGGGCAGGUUCGUGCUGCAGGAGAAAGGAAGUAACGCGCCGUUGCCGCGUCACCGCGCCGCCAUAGCGCGGAUACAACGCGGAUUGAGCAUCACAAGGGGAGCUAUUACGGGUACGACAUUUCCUCUGGGCUUCAUUUCGAGUGAUAACACAGUUAAUGAAGGCAAAACGCCAGUCACCACUGCGUACAGCGACCCGACACAUUGUAGAAGGGUGUCGUCUCCGUUGGGUAAAGGCAUCACUCGGGCGAAGGGUCACUCCGAUAAAGACAUUCGUUCCUUCAUUCACCGAAGAUCCGUAUCGAGAGAGGUUCACUCUGAAGGCGAGGCGGGGUCUGGUGUGGGCGCGGGGGGCGUAGGUUCGCUGGGUGCGGAGGCGCUGGCGGCGCAAAUGGCGCGCUUCAAGAGACUCUCUUUGCGAAAACUACGUGCGUGGCGGUCCUGAG